AUGACUGAUUCCAGCAACUCAAGCGGCUAUGAGAAGGCGUUUAAGGAACCCAUUGUAGAAUUGCGAUGGUGUGAGUGCUGCGUCCGCCACGUCGCCGUCACUGCCUGGGCCUUCCACCUAAACACUCGCCUGCACGUAGAGAACGCAGCUAGGCGACCUUCUGCUCUGUCACUGGCACAGAACAUUUCAGGGCUGUCGAUCCGGAUGGACGGGCCAUCCGCAGCAGUGCCUGCACCAGUGCCGCCAGUGCCUGCACCAGCGCCAGCACCGACGCCAGUCCCAGCGUCGGCGUCUGCAGCCGCUCCUAGGACGGCCCUACCAAUCGUGGCAACGCCCAAUCCAACCACUGGACAAGAAAAAGCUACCAAAGCUGCUGGUUGGGGCGGGUACACCCACUCCGUCCUCCCGAAGACCAACGCCCAUGUAGCACCUGCUAGACGAGCCGCCUAUUUCGAGAACAAACCCAUCGACGCCACUAGGCAGGAACAUGUCGGCUAUGGUGCCGCACCGCCAUGGUCUGUUCGCCGCUUCGAAGGCAGUCAGCGUCGUGGCCGUGGCCGUGGCCGUGGCCGUGGCCGUGGCGAUACGCGCUACGUCGGAUACGCUGGAGCCAUUACAGAGCCACGCGGCCAUAUGCGAGAAGACUGCCCGAACCUGCCAAGUCGGGCACGCCGAGGAGGGUCUUGCUAUGGACAAUCCUCGGCUAUGGCUAGCACUCGUCAGUCAAUGCCUCACGACAAAGACGCCCGACCAGGAGGCCUCGACUCCUUCCAGAACCUCCCUGAACCUGUGAGCCCAUCAUCGAGUACCUGGAGGCUGACUCCGGCCCCGGGACUCCUUCCCAAGCCACUCCGGGUCGAGCCGAUCAGCUAUCCAGGCUCACGGACCACUGCCGAGGCGAUCACGACUGCCGUACCCAAGCCGCAGCAAGCUCACAGCCGAUUUGAGGAGGACCUCAUCGACUUCGGCGAUGAGGACACUCCGGACACCGGUGUUGCUGCUUUGAGUGCCGGGGGUCAACACGGUGAUGGGGGGUGGGUGGAGUAA